CAAAGCAGCAGUUGCACCUCUUCGCUCCUGGAUUGCGACUGCGGCUCCUUCCCCACAGAUUCAUCGGGCGGCUGCUUUCCCUGCCUCCCCCCACUCCGCUCCGCCCCAUUCGUGCCCUCUUGAUUUCCCUUCUCUUCCAUGCUCCCUCCCCGCCUUCUUUUCAAACGCUCUUUCAGGCUCCAUUCAUUCCCCUCCUCUUGAAGGAGAUCGGUGUUUCUCUAGAAAACACCCAAACUCUGAUCUUUUCUCUGGCAGUCGCGACGUGCUUGGCCCUGGGCUGGAUCCGCCCUUGGGAUACGACAGGUUUUAAACAAUGAAAUCAAGAAACAUCUGGUCCUUUCUUAUCAUAUUUGAGAUUUUACUGUCAGCUGCUUGGGGAUGGAUGGCUUCGAACAGAAGCAGGCGAUUUUAUUCAGAUGCUGGGAAGCUAACAGAAGAGGGAUCCAGAAGCUUUGAUGUCACAAGAAGAAAAGUGCACUAUGGGGAAGAUGGACUCCAUGCAUCAUGUGAGAAGCAGUAUUGUGUUCGGGGAAGUAAGUGUGUUGUGAACAAAGAGACUGAUAAGCCUGAAUGCCGAUGCAUAGAUAAUUGCAAGUCCAGUUACAUGCCAGUGUGUGGCUCGGAUGGCAAAUUCUAUGAAAAUCACUGUGAACUCCAUCGAGCUUCAUGCCUCCAAAGGAAAAAAAUCUACAUUAUUCACAGUAAAGACUGUUUCUUCAAAGGUGACACAUGCACAAUGGCAGAAUACAGCCAGCUAAAAGGCAUACUUUUGGAUCUUCAGUCUCAUCAUCAGAGGAAGGAGACUCAGCCAACCGAAGAAAGAACUCGGAAGCGUUUUUUGGUUGAAGAUAUGUUUAACCACUUGGAUAUAAAUGGUGAUGGACAUCUCAGCAGCUCUGAAUUGGUUCAGCUGAUGAGAAGGGAAGAUCUGGGAGAUGAUUUGUUGGAUUGUACACCAGAGCAGCUUCUCCAAUUUGAUGAUUAUAACAAUGAUGGUUACCUAACUCUGCAAGAACUGUACACUGCAUUCCAGGUGGUCCAACUCACACUUCCUGAAGAUCAAAUGGUUAGCAUGACCACAGUAACCGUAGGGCUGAGCACUGUAUUGACCUGUGCUAUCCGUGGACCUCUGAGGCCGCCGAUCAUCUGGAAACGCAACGGAGUCAUGUUGAAUUUUUUAGAUUUGGAAGAUAUCAAUGAUUUUGGAGAAGAUGAUUCUCUCUACAUCACCAAGGUAACAACUAUUCACAUGGGCAAUUACACGUGUCAUGCCUAUGGCUAUGAAGAACUGUAUCAGACCCACAUUCUUCAGGUGAAUGUGCCACCAGUGAUCCGAGUCUAUCCAGAAACCCAGGCACAAGAACCUGGUAUAUCUGCAAGUCUCAAAUGUCAUGCUGAGGGAAUUCCAAAUCCUAAAAUUUCCUGGCUAAAGAAUGGCAUUGGUAUCACACCUAAGUUGUCCAAGCAACUGAUGUUCUUAGCAAAUGGAAGUGAACUUCACAUCAGUAGUGUUCGCUAUGAAGACACAGGUGCCUACACCUGCAUUGCUAAAAAUGAUGUAGGAGUAGAUGAGGAUAUUUCUUCUCUCUUCAUUGAAGACUCAGCUAGAAAGACCCUUGCAAACAUACUGUGGCGAGAGGAAGGCCUCAGUGUGGGAAACAUGUUCUAUGUCUUUGCUGAUGAUGGUAUCACAAUAAUUCAGCCAAAUGACUGUGAGAUCCAGAGACACAUCAGACCAAAUGAAUGGGUUUUUACCAGUUAUGCAGAAAUCUGUCCUAGAAUUGAAGGUGAAACUAUUCAAUCCUGCCUCUGGGCUUCUGCUGUCAAUGUCAGAGAUAAAUAUAUUUAUGUUACACAACCUAAGUGGAAUAGAAUAAUGAUCCUUGAUAUCCCAACUCAGAAAGUCAUUCAGGCCUUGGAUGUUGAUCCUCUACCAGUAAAAUUACACUAUGAUAAGUCACAUGACCAAAUCUGGGUACUUAGCUGGGUGGAUAUGGAAAAAUCCAACCCAAUACUGCAGGUAAUACCAGAGGCAAGUACAGGAGAGAAUCUGCAUAUAAUUCGUACUCAUUUGGAUGGAAUGGAUGAUUACUUUAUUCCAACUACAAAUCUCAUCAUCAAUCAUAUCAGGUUUGGUUUCAUCUUUAACAAGUCAAAACCUGAAGUUCACAAAAUAGAUCUGGAAACUGUGGCUUGCAUCAAGACUAUCAGCUUCAAAAACUACAGUUGCUUUCCUCAAGCCAUGGCCUAUACCCACUUGGGUGGCUACUUCUUCGUCCAAUGUAAAAUGAAUACAUCAACACCAGCAACUCCACAACUUAUAAUUGACAGUGUUACAGAUUCCGUUAUUGGUCUCAACAGUGACGUAUCAGGUACUCCCUAUAUCUCUCCUGAUGGACGCUAUUUGGUCAGCACUGAUGAACACAGUGGGCGGAUCAGAGUCCAGGCAAUAACAGUCCAAGGAGAAAUCAGGCUGAUUUAUGACUUUCAAACCACCAUACACAUAUCUGAUCUGACAUUUCAGUCCUCUUUUACAGAAGGCAAUCAGUAUUAUAUAUAUGCUACUUCACAUUUGCAAACAGAUGUACUUUUUGUAGAGUUGUCAACAGGAAAAAUGGACAUUUUGAAAAAUUUAAAAAACCCUAUCAAAUCCAAAGACUGGCCCUGGAGCAGCUACAACAGAAUUAUACAAGACAGUGGAUUAUUUGGGCAAUACCUUAUUACACCAGCCAAGGAUUCACUAUUUAUUAUUAAUGGGAGACAAAACACAUUACGGUGUGAGGUUUCAGGUAUCAAGAGGGGUAAUACAGUGGUUUGGGUUGGAGAUGUAUGAAAAGGCCAGAAAACAGAACUUUCAGGGAAAAAGUACUAACUGGACCUUUACACUGCACAAAAAAAUAUAUGCAGUAGCAUUGUAUAUUUUUACACCAAGGGAAAAUCUAUAAGCUUCAUGGUGCAACAUUGGCCUACUUGCAAGAUUCAUAAUAUAAGGUAUGUUCUGCUACUAGGAGUUGGUUAUGCUGCGAAUGUGUGUGAAAGUUAUAGACUUUACAGCUUGAGUUUUGGAAGGUGUACUGGGGAAGGGAAUAAUUUCCCCAGAUAAGAUUACAUACAGCUCAUUCCUUGGUGAUUCUGUAGAACAAAACCACUUUUGAGUUGGAACGCUGAUGAAUCUUUGAAGUCUAUCUUGCUUACCAGUAUUCAUUCUGUUGGCCCACUGAACCAUUUUCUAAAGUUUGUGACACAAGGCACAAAAUGAGGUCAGAAGCGUAGACUAUUGACAUAAGCAAACAAACUGGAGGAUUUUGCUAUUCAUACACUUUGCAAAAAAUGCAAUAUCAAAAGUCCUUCACAGUUUUUUUUAAAAAAAUAUUAAUGGCAUUGUUAUUUUAUCUAGUUAGAAGAUUUAAAGAUUCAAACUGAUAAAAUUUCCAUUCACCUAAGAAUGAAUAAUAAUAUAUAAUUUUUACAUACAUUAUUUUAAAAUGUACAGGGGAACCAAUUCUCCUCUCAUAGACCUUCCUUAGCUAAUGGCCUCUAAUGAGGGCAUAAACUUUAACAUCAAAGGAGGUGAAACUGAUAUAAGUGAGGAUGGGAAAUCAACCUGAGAGAGAAGAGUGUUUCACGAAACGGUCUUUAGAAUACAAAGUUCCACAAACAAACAAAAAUCUGAGGGAAACAAAUAUUGUUUGUUUUGUAAGAAAGCUUAAUAGCUCAAAAAGAAAAAAAGUUGAGAUGCCUUUCUGAAACCAAACUUGACAGAAUUCUAGACUGUCAGCUCCUUCUCCCGUCCCACGCCUACUUUCACAUUAAAAUGGAUGUGAUUGCAACGCACCCCACCCCUUCAGUUCUAGUGAGAACAUUUUGUAUGAGCUAUGUCUGAAAAUAAAAGAGGUGGACUAGACUUGAAAGCUAGAAAACGUGUGGGAAAAUAUGCAAAAAUCUUAUCUGUAAUCAGGAAAUAAAGCUUUUUCAUUUAUUUUUUAAGCUGCAGAAGCCAUGCAAAAUGUGUAAAAUGAGCUGCUGUUUUAGCUAGCAGACAGGAAAAUAAGCAGUGGUUGUCCCCAUUGUAGAAAGAAAUAUUUCCAGAAAUCAUUUAUUCUCCUUCAUUAAAAAUUUACUGUUACUAAAAUUAAUUGGGUUCUUCAUAAAAACAAUGGCUAUGGCUUGAAAUGCACCCUUUUCUGUAGCACAUUUCUGUGCAGAAAACUUUUAGCCUUUGUAUAAAUCAGGUCCUUAAUUUACAUCUGUCACCCAAGAGCCUGGAAAAGGAGGCUGCUGCUGUUCAUACUUGCCUCAUUCAUAUUGUUCUCAUUUAUAGUCAAUUAUCAUUCAGUUAUGAAAAAAAUAGAGUAAUCUAAAACCAAUUAAAAUAUAGCCAAGAAUGCAGCAGCAGACACUGAGAACUGUAAGCUGAUUUACCAUAAAACAUUACAUCUGUUCACAUAGUUAGAGAGAUGUAAAAUAUAUGUACCUUGUUAAGGUUGCAAGCAGCCACUAAUAACAGUUUGGGGACUGAUGGAAUAAUGAACACAUAUAUCAGCAACAGCCUCAAGCUCUGUGUAGCCUAAGCCAUCAGAGAUCACAUGAAGUAUACCGAGAAAGCCUAACAAGGCCAUUAUUAUCUGCUUUGAUUGGCAGCCUGCUACCUGACCCCACCCCCUUUCCCUCACUGGAGAUGCCCGGGAAUCAAACCAGGAACUUAAUGAAUUCAAAGGAGAUGCCCUGCCACUGAGUCACAGUGAAGUUGGUUCAAACUUAGGCUCCUUCCACACAUGCAGAAUAAUGCACUUUCAAACUGCUUUCAGUGCUCUUUGAAGCUGUGUGGAAUAGCAAAAUCCACUUGCAAACAGUUGUGAAAGUGGUUUGAAAACACAUUAUUCUGCAUGUGCAGAAGGGGCCUUAGUUUUUCAUGUUCAAUAUUGGUUGCAUCAUUGUAAUGGAUUUACCAAAAAAUAUGAAAGCUGACGUUCUUUUGGUGUGAGCUUGUCACCCUGCAUUAAUCCAAAGCCAUUUGCUGAAUACUUGUGGUGAUGUUAAUGAUUUAACAGAAAUGCUUGAAAUUAAUCCCACAAUUCAACUUGCAGUGCUGAAACAAUGAACAGAAACAUUUCCUAUUGGUUUUCUCCUAAAUGACAUCAUUUUACAAUACCUGCUGUAUAAUUCAAGGCUGCAUUUCCACUGUUAAGGUAAACUGUUGAACAGACAUUUCAACACUCAUCCACCCAUCCCAAGGCACUAUGGGAACCAUUAGUGUACAAUAUUUGUGACAAUAGUUAGAAUUGCUAAGUAUUCUCAGUGUCUUCACAAACCUACAUCUUCCAUUUUUUCCAGGAAAGCUAUUGCAGUUGUACAACAGGUAAAGCCCAUAGAAUAGAUAUAGUCACCUAAUUCUGGAUGCUGUAAAGUUAUUGACCUGAAAAUGUAGAUGAUCAGAAUCUUGUGAAUUAAUGAAGCACAAAAUGCUUACAAUUAUCUUAAACUCCCUGCUUAAACUUUACAAAAGAGAUAGCAGAGUGUUCUAGCACCUUUACGUAAAAGAAAGGUGAGCGAAUUCUUAACAGAUGAGGCUGUCUGUUCCCCAUUCCAGUGUUAUCACUGCUCAACUACACAUAAUUUUUCUAAAGCCUACAGAACUUUUCCUAUGAGCCAUAGAAGGUUAGAACCUUGAUAAUUAUUAAUGGAUGUAGCCUCCUUUUAUUAAAAUUUGUUGGGGAGUAAUAGUAAAGCAAACUGUAACCAUACAUUGCACUUAUUUCAGAGGUGUUUUAUAGGAUCUAGCCACUUCUCUGAUAUUUAUGAUUUCUUGAAUAUUUCAUUCUGAAUAUGGUACAUUUUCAAUAAAUUAAGAAUUAUUUAUGUCACACAUAGCAGAACAUUAAUUUUAUACAUUUUAUUUAAAACUAAUCCUUGUAAAUAUCUGUUCAGGUAAAUAUUCUUGAAAUUGGGAUAUGAAGGAUGUAUAAUAGACUUCACUUCUUUCUGUUUAUCUUAACACAGUGGACUAGGGUUAACACCAAACCUUAACCUUCUAAAAAUGCUCUUAUGCUUCUCCUUUCUCCUCUACCCCCAAAAUCCAUGGUUGUGUUUUCUAAAUAUCCGAAUGGCUUGGCCCUACUUAGAAAAUGAUGUUUAAAUUAGAUAUUUCACAUCUCUUGUGAACAGUUUCAAUGAUGUUUGAUCUAAUAUAAGAAGUGCUGCACAUUUGAUACUAUUUUCCCCCUUAUAUACACCAAUCACAAUUUCUCUGUACCACAAAAAGUGUAAAUCAUGUUUGUCUUCUUUCAACUUUUGAUUCUCAAGCAUAUUAAAUUUUGCUGGUUGCGUUUUCUGAUU